AUGGAUAUGCUGAGGAGUGCUUGCUUCUAUUUCCUAUUAAUAGUUUCUGUCAUCCUUUCUCGGUCUCCUAUGUGCGAUUGUCGCCAUCUUGGACACAUACAGAAGAAGCUUAGCGUGAAUCGUGAUCAUUUAACUAAGAACAAUGAAGAGAUUACAAAACUAGAAGCUCAAUCAACAAUCAAGACGAACAACUUAUCGAGCCAAGCACAUGCCGUACUUAAUCAUGGUGAUGUUAAUGGUCAGACCAACAUGAAGAAAACGAAGGACGUUCACAAAGUAAAACGAGCUUCCGACAAAAUGGUGUCGUCUAAAAGAGGCUCAAGAACUUGGAAAAUUCCUAAAUAUUCAAAGAAGCAGCCUAGAUCAGAUCAAGAACACCCUGGUUUCAAUCUUGAUUAUAUGCAGCCCACAACACACCCGCCGCACCAUAAUUAACGCUUAAUGAUCAUGUAACGAUAGAAACGAAUUUCAUAUCGUGAUUUAUUAUAUAUCAUAACCUUGAGUCACGAAGAAUUUGCACAUUUUCAGAUAUAUCAUGAUAUGUAUGGUGAGAAACGUCCUACU